AUGGUUCAUGAAUUGGAAGAGUCCCCAUUAGCACAGAAAUUAUCGGAAACUAGUGGUUUACCACUAUGCCCUUGGCAUAUAUUAAAUGAAUCAAGUUAUUCUCUUCUUUAUCCAAAGAAAAACGUAACCCAAUGUGACCUGAAUGAAUUGAGUGUAAAAUUGGACAUAAAAUUGGGAGGAACAUGGAAGCCAUCGAACUGUGUGUCUCGUUUUGAUGUGGCAAUUGUGGUACCGUACCGAAAUAGACAAACACAACUUGAAAUAUUUCUUUUGUACAUGCACUCAUUUCUUCAAAAGCAAAUGAUAAAUUAUCGCAUUCUUAUUAUUGAACAGGUAGAAAAAAAAGAUUUCAAUCGAGCAAAACUUCUUAAUAUUGGAUAUAUUGAAGCACUGAAGUUAUUUCCAUAUCACUGUUUUAUUUUUCAUGAUGUAGAUCUUAUACCACAGAAGCAAAACAAUAUAUAUGCAUGUACACGUCAACCUCGGCAUAUGUCUUCAAGUUUGAAUACUUUCAGAUAUAAUUUGCCAUACCGUGGUUUAUUUGGUGGUGCUGUUGCCAUUUUAAAAAGUCAGUUUGAACUAGUAAAUGGAUUUUCCAAUAUGUUCUUUGGGUGGGGUGGUGAAGAUGAUGAUUUUCAAAGUCGCAUUAACCAUAAAGGGUUAUCCAUUUGUCGUUUUUCUCCCAGGGUAUCACGGUAUGUAAUGUUAACUCACUCUAAAGAAUUGCCCAGUGAAACUCGAUUUUCUAAUUUACUGGCAGGUAAGAAUCGAUAUGAUGUGGAUGGUAUCAAUACACUUGUGUACACAGUUCGUAAUAGUACUUUCAAACCAUUAUACACAUGGAUUUUAGUUGAUAUAUGA